AUGUCGUGGAUAUCCUUCAGUUGCGCUACUGAACCUGGAAUGUCGAGACACACCAGGAGUCACGGUACCAUGUCCCGCCUCCGGCAAAUAUUGAACCGAGAAUUUGAUCAGCUUUGUGAUCAUGAUUACAACCGGGAAAUUCAAAUCCCUCGCUUCCUCCUGAGUAGCGUUGGUGUCUGGCCAGAGCCUGGAGGGUCCAAUACAAUCAAAUUUAUCAUUUCGAUGACUGCUGUGACGCUCUUCAGCUUCCUAUCUCGCUUCAUCGCACUUUUCUUCAUCGUAAACGACAAUAAAUAUUUCUAUUACAUCGGCUCAACCGCCUAUCGGUUCUAUGUGAUCGUGCUAAUGCUGUUGCUUCGCUUCAGUCCCAAAGCUCCUCAAUCCAUUCUCACGGCGAUGUAUGGUAAUUUGAAAAGCUCUCGUUCCACGGAGGAUAGAGAAGUUAUGCGGUACUACGCCGCAUAUUCGAGGAAGCUUUCAAUCAUUAUCUUCGCCGCAUUUGUGGGAAUAUUCGUUAUCACUUGGCUCAAUAUAAUCAUUGCAACAACAGUGGGCAGCGAGAACUUGCGUGCUAGAGCAGACGUGAUGAAUUAUCCAUUUUUACCAUCGAGCCAAAUCUUCGAUGCUCUGAGUAUCAUAGUUUUCAUGGCAGCUACCGCAAUAUCUUGCGCCCCAACAGCGGGAAUCGAGAUAUUCUACGCAGUUUGCAUUAGUCAUACUUGUGGACAACUAGUUAUACUUAGAAAUCGAGUAGCUGCAUAUGAAGGAGUAAUUCGCCAUCAGUUUGGAGAUGACAUCCCGAGGAUGUGUAGCUGUCUGAAGUGCAUAGUUGACUCUCACGUUGCAAUCGGUGAUUUUGUUGGGAGAAUCAACAGCCAUUUCAACGUCGUUAUGCUGAUGAGGCUGAUUGCAGGAGGGAUUGUUAUGAUUUGUAGUGGAUUCGAGGUAUCGAAGGCAAUUGUGAAGAGCAGCUACGCAGAUUUCAUGAUGUUCUUCAUUUUCUCAUUCAUCCCAUUCUUGACUGUGUUUAUUAACUGUUCAUUGGCGGACAUGUGCCAACAAGCGAGUUAUGCUGUUGGUGAUGCUGCGUACUCCACUGACUGGAUGACAAAACACCCGAGCCAUCGUCGUAAUUUAAUGUUAAUUAUUAAUUACGCGAGAAUGCCAUUGAAAUUUACUACAGGAAAUUAUUUUGUGGUUUGUCGGGGGCACUUUAAGGACGUGAGUUCAUUAAUUAAUUGAAUGAAUUAGAUAUUUAUGUCAGGAAGAUGAUUAUGUUUUAUGUGGAAUCAAUUUUAAUUGCAGUUGUGCCUCACAACGGCGUCAUACAUCUCAACACUUGUAACUAUCAA